AUGGAUAUGGAUCUUGGAAAUGUAGCCAGUACCCACGACGCCGGCCCCUCUCACAUCAGCAACGAUGAUACCGAGUGUAACCCAUAUACCGUCAAAAGCGUCCUGGAAUCCGUGGACGUGGACUUAAACCCGUGGUCAACCCAGGACGAUGGUGUGGUGGAUAAUCAACAUGCAGCUCCCUUGAGUUCUUACCAACAUCUGGCAUAUAGAGGAGAAACGCCUAACAUCGGUUCCAAUCACCUGAUGCCGCAAGAUGGCUUUUUAGAAAACAGACUAUCUGAUAUGCCCUAUUAUAGUCACGACGCUCUUGAUUUGCAUGAGCAGUGGAAAACUCCGCACGGGUCGCAAUACGGUGCUGCUUUCCCAGCUACGAGUACGACGCAAAAAAUUAACAGACACCGCGUCAGUUGA